CUGAGAUACGCCAGAUCAGCUUUGAUUUACUUCUGAUCAAAGUGGUUCAUCGCAUUGUCCAUCAGAAACACAUCAAAUCUGCAAGAUGUCCGACGUCAUCAUCACCGAAAGCCAGUUCAAACUCCCUGAUGGGCUACAGGUCUACCACAAAACAUGGGCUCCGACCACCCCCCGGUCGCAAAACUGAUCCAUUUUCAUGGCUUUAGUGACCACAUCAACAACACGUAUGAUCUAUUUCCAUCUUUAGCCCGCCGUGGGAUUUUCUGCACGGGAAUCGACCAGCGUGGUUGGGGUCGGUCGGCCCAGACAAAAGCCGACCGUGGAAACACUGGCCCGACCGCCGCCGUCCUGGCGGACAUGGCAGCAUUCAUCGAGGCUCAGUUCGAGGUUCCGCCAGAUGUCCCGGUCUUUGUGAUGGGACACUCCAUGGGCGGAGCCCUAGUCGCCACCCUGGCCUCGACCCCCAAAUAUCAGGAGCUCGUCUCCCGACUCCGGGGGAUCAUGCUCGAGGCCCCCUUCAUCGGGCUCGACCCGAAACAGAAACCCAGUAUCAUUACCGUGUUCCUGGGUCGGCUGGCCGGAAGGCUCCUACCGCGGUUCCAACUCGUCCAACCCAUGAAGGUCGAGACGAUUGUGCGCGAUCCCGUCGUGCAGAAGACGAUCAAGGAGGAUCCCCUCAACCACACCACCGGCACGCUGGAGAUGUUCGCCAAUAUGCUCGACCGGGCGGCUGAUCUGACCUCGGGCAAAUUGGUGCUCAAUGAUGGCAUCAAGUCCGUGUAUGUGGCACAUGGAACGGCAGACCAGGUUACCAGUUACGAUGCCAGCACGCACUGGUUCGACGCGCAGACUGGCAAGGUCGCCGACCGUCAGUUCAAGUCCUACGAGGGAUGGAGUCAUCUGCUCCAUGCGGACCUGCCGGAGAACCGACAGGUGUUUGCCGAUGAUAUUGCUGAGUGGAUUCUAGCGAGAGUGUAGUUGAAUACCCCGUCGACAUUCUGCGCUUUUGAUAUUGUUGCAAUAUAUAUAUGAGGAGCUUCUUCACUGUGUUGAGCCAGCCGUGGCCAUUCGUCACACACUAUAUAUACCUCUCGAUAGAGAAUACAUAUUUAUUCCUGCG